UUUUCUUUAUUCUAAGACAAGUAUAUUCACCAUAAUAAAUCCCCAAAAUAUAAUACUCGAGACUUCUUGAUUUUUUCUGUAAAAAAAAGACUUCUUGAAUUUAUCAACAAGACAAGAUUCUCUGUGACUCGUCCAUUAAUGGCGUCCUCGACCUCAUCAGGAACUGAAGCAAGAGAGCCUCCAAAGCCGAAGCCCAAAUGGGUUCUACCCCACCGGACCGAACCUCUGCAGAAACUGUACACCAUAGGGAAGAAGCUGGGGCAGGGGCAGUUCGGUACAACUCAUCUCUGCACGGAAAAGGCAACAGGCACGCCCUACGCCUGCAAGUCCAUUCCCAAGAAGAAGCUUUUCUGCAAGGAGGACUAUGAGGAUGUUUGGAGGGAGAUUCAGAUAAUGCACCACUUAUCCGAGCACCCUAAUGUUGUGAGGAUAAAAGGUACUUAUGAAGAUGCUCUAUAUGUGCACAUUGUGAUGGAACUGUGCAGUGGAGGGGAGCUAUUUGACAGGAUAGUGGAAAAGGGGCAUUACAGUGAGAAGGAGGCUGCUAAGCUGCUCAGAACCAUUGUUGGUGUUGUGGAGGCUUGUCAUUCUUUAGGGGUUAUGCAUAGAGAUCUCAAGCCAGAGAACUUUUUGUGCCUCAGUACAGAUGAGGAUUCCAUUCUCAAGGCCAUUGAUUUUGGCCUUUCUGUUUUCUACAGACCAGGUGAAAUAUUCUCGGAUGUGGUCGGAAGUCCUUACUAUGUAGCACCAGAGGUUUUACGCAAGUAUUAUGGACCCGAAGCAGAUGUAUGGAGUGCCGGGAUUAUGUUGUACAUUCUCCUUAGCGGUGUUCCACCUUUUUGGGCAGAAACUGAUGCGGGGAUAUUCCGCCAAAUAUUGCAAGAGAAACUUGAUUUAGAAUCAGAUCCAUGGCCAGUCGUUUCAGAUAGUGCCAAAGAUUUGAUACGUAAAAUGCUUGAUAGGAAUCCCAACACCAGAUUGACAGCACAUGAAGUUUUGUGCCAUCCUUGGAUUGUGGAUGACAAAGUGGCACCUGAUAAGCCUCUUGGCUCUGCAGUUCUUUCACGUCUUAAACAAUUCUCUGCAAUGAAUAAACUUAAGAAAAUGGCUUUGCGAGUAAUUGCUGAGAGGCUAUCAGAAGAAGAAAUUGGCGGUCUCAAGGAGCUCUUCAAAAUGAUAGAUACAGACAACAGUGGAACUAUAACCUUUGAAGAGCUCAAAGAAGGUUUGAGACGAGUUGGAUCAGAACUUGUAGAGUCUGAGAUCAAGGACUUAAUGGAUGCUGCAGACAUUGACAACAGUGGGGCAAUAGACUAUGGCGAGUUCCUUGCUGCUACUGUGCACUUGAACAAGUUGGAAAGGGAGGAAAAUCUUGUAUCUGCCUUCUGUUUCUUUGACAAAGAUGGAAGUGGGUACAUAACCAUUGAUGAGCUUCAAGUAGCCUGUAGAGAAUUUGGUCUAAGCGAGCUUAAUCUUGAUGAUAUGAUCAAAGAAAUUGAUCAAGAUAAUGAUGGACAAAUCGACUAUGGAGAAUUUGCAGCAAUGAUGAAGAAAGGCAAUGGAGGCCAUGGAGGCUUUGGAAGGAAAACUAUGAAAAAUACUUUAAAUUUGGGAGACGCGCUAGGAUUUGUAGACUGUAAGGAAAACCCUUGAAAGUUGAAACCUUAAUACUAAUUAAAACAAAUUGGCUGAUCCUUUUUCUUUCCUACCUAAACCUUUGAAUGCAAUAUCUUUUUAGCAGAAAGACAAUUUAGGCUUUGUAACUUUCUAAGAAUAUAUUUUCAUUCAUUCAAUCAUCAUCAUCAUCAGUCCAGUGCCGCAACGGUUCCCACCUAUGGUGGGAUAAGAGGUGGUCGGAUGCACACAGUCUUACCCAUGUACUAAAGCAUAGACUGUUUUCAGAUGACCCAUAGCGGAAAAUAUUUCAUGGAUUCUCCCGUGUGAAGUCAGUGGAACCAUUUUUUCGAAAAUAAAUUAGUUUUCCAGGUUCUUUGAAUCUUUGUGGAAAAU